GGUAGGUAGGACGGCGUCGCCAGCAAGACUCUCUUCACCCCCCCUUUCUUCUCUAGCCCUUUUUUUCUCCUAUGAACAACCAAGGAAGCUGCCCACUAGAUACCAAAGAAAACUCCUACCCAGCGUCAGCAACUCCAUCACUCCGCAAACAGAAGCUGUGGAUCAUCAUAAUUAUAAUCAUACUUUCCCCUUCCUCUCAACCUCACCAAUGGCAUCUUCUUCACUCUCUUCUUCUUCGUUACUUACUUCCCCCUCCAUCAUUGGCAUUACAAGAUCUGCACUUCUACCCCUCUUCACGUCGUAACCUUCGCUGGGAUUAUUGCUUUAUUCUUCCCCAUCGUUUCUUUUAUUUACCUUCUUAUCUUCUUCGGCACAGUGUUAUGUUCGAUGGGUUUAUUUGUAAUAAGCGAAACUCGAGAGGUAGAUAUAAUAAGGUCAAAUGCGAGGGAUGAGGAUGUGGAUUUCCCUAAUCUUUUUAAAUCAAUGGAUGGUCAAGAUUCAUCUAGAACCAGAUCAACGGUUCAGAUGGAAUUGAGUGAGUAUACUGCUACAAAUUUUCAGUCUUUGUAUCCGUAUCUCAUUAGUUCUUUGUCUGCUUGGCCUGCAACCCAGGCAGAGAAUAAUGGCAGCAAACAGCUUUGCAGCUCCGGCGAUUCUCAGGAAAGCAAUAAGGGUAGUUGCAGACCUUCGACCCUUCCACAGUCACAAGCUCUCUCAUUAUGGAAUAAGAAAUCGCUCUGUUCCUCCCGUAACAACUCCUUGGAAUUCUUCAGGCAUAUGUAGUGUGAUCAGUGCUAAAAAGUGGGAUGACAGUACUGAUACUUUGGUUAAAGGAGUGGGGGAUAAGAAUGCAAUAGAGGCUGUGAAGCAUACUCUUGAAAUGGCAAGACGGGCAUCGUCCAGAAGAGAAGUUCUUCACACAGAUUUUCUUACCCCACCCAUUCUAAAGGAAUCAAUGCUUGCAUUGGAGAAAUUGGCUGAUGUUAAAGCAGUAGCCCAGGGAGGAUAUCCACAGGCUGAACGUUGUCGGCUUUCGGUUGGACACUUUGAAGUAAUGACCACCGAUCCAGAUAUUGUUGCUGCAUUAAGUAUCACAGGAAAUUUUGGGUUUCAACCUUGUUCUCAUGGUGACUUCCUUGGCGCAAUUCUUGGUACAGGGAUUGUAAGGGAGAAGCUUGGAGAUAUUCUCUUACAGGGCGAGAAGGGGGCUCAGGUUCUUAUAGUUCCAGAACUUGUUGAGUUUCUUGUUAUGACAUUGGACAAGGUUGGCAAUGUCCCAGUCUCUUGUGCAAAGAUACCCUUGCUUGCUUUAGAAUAUGAGCCACCAAGGACUAAAUCAUUUAAAGCCAUUGAAGCAUCUUUGAGGGUUGAUGCACUUGCUAGUGCUGGGUUUAAGAUUUCACGUUCAAAACUAGUUGAUCUGAUCAGGUAUUACCCUUUCCACUGUGAUGGCAUUCUUUUUUCCUUUGGUUGGAUCAUUGUUCCAUUUGGCCCUGCCCACCCACCCCACCAAAAAUAAAAAAAGAAAUAAGGUUGGAUUUUAGUUGGUGUCACUUGCAUUCUGCUUUCAUAUAGAUGAUCUAUAACACUGAUAUGGUUCAAAACCUGAUACUGGACUCAGAUUCUGAUGCAAUGUCUGGGAUUUUGAACCUGGUGGCCUUUUCUCCUCUUAACCUCUUUGGAAAAUUUUCU